AUGGCACAGAAAGCACGCAAGGACACAGCAAAGGCCAAUGCAGCGGCUCUAACAAACCUUCACACCGGCACACUCAUUAUCAAUACGCUUUUUGUCUUAUUCAACUUCAUAUUCAAAAAGCGGUCUAUACUACUAUAUGUCAUCCUUUCAAUUCCUAGCUUCAUAUGCGAGUACUUCUUAGAGUCAUCGGGGCGGCCUAGAUACGAUCCCACGACAAAGGCGCUUCAGAGGGCUGGCGAGGACUUGUCUUCUCCUGGACUUACAGAGUAUAUGUUUGACGUUAUCUGGGUAACAUGGGCAUCCGUCGUGCUCGUAAUCUUUUUUGGUAACUGGGGAUGGCUCCUUUGGUCUGUCGUGCCAGCUUACGGGGCCUUCAAAGGCUACAGUCUCCUUGGUGCAGCUCGCGGAAUGGCCGGCAUGCAAGGACAGCAGCCGGGGAAUGCCGCACCAGUAGCAGGCAAUAGGAAACAAAGACGUGCAGCUUAA